AUGGAUCUCAUCGAGGUAGAUCAUCGAGACCAGACGUUCGAGGACCGCGCUUCGCUCGUCUUGCGUUUUAGCGAAAUGGCUGCUGGUCCAGAUCGAGCAAGUACCGUCUGUCAGUGCUUCCGUAGCAGCAUUUGGGACGAAACCCUUUAUAAAGCAUGGUCUGCAAUUGUUUACAAACUCAUACCGAAUGUAAGUAUAAUGGAGCAGAAACUGAAACAAUUUGCUGCUAUCUUGGAUGCGGAUGAGGUGAUGCUGUUUGAAAGAGCAACAUUUCUUGUUAUCGCCCACGCGGAAAUGGCAGAACAUCGUGAUAUGCAUCGAUUCGAGAAGGUUUCGAAUAUCAUAAAACAGUUUAAGCUCAGUUGCAGUAAAAUGGGCUCUCAGUUUGAAUAUAUGCAUGUACGAAACAGCCAUUUUGCUGCAUUCAUUGAUGCUUUUACUCCGAACACUUUCAUCAUGGUUGUACUGGCAGAUGGUAAUGUUUCGCCGGCUGCCACACUUAUGAAUAUUCGAUCUGCGAAGAAACAUUUUGAAGCGCUGGAAUCGAAACAAUGA